UAACUUUUUCAGGCUAGUGCUAGUUGGCAUUGAAUAUGAUGAUUAAUUCUCUUUUGGUCCUUAUUUGAUCCUUGCAAGCUUCUCUAUGCUUCGAAGUCCAGGAUGGAUGGUUGCCAAGCCAGGCUAAAGAUUUGGUAGGAUUAGAGAAUGACAGGGGAGCUCUUCUACAUGCAUAUUGGACUGAAAGUUUAAUGGAGAAGCCAGCAGGCUAGCAUUCUUCCUAUAUAUAUGCAAGCGGAAUAAGAAGUUGUGGGCUCUUGUAGCUUACAAGAAACAAAGCAACACAAGGAGAAAUACUUCAUGUCAAAUACUCAAAUAUGAGUUCUCUAAGAGGGUUUGGAAAUAUUGCCAGAAAAUGGAGAGAACUCAACGGUGUGAAUUACUGGAAGGGGCUACUUGAUCCUCUUGACGUCGACCUCCGGAAGAAUAUCAUCAACUACGGUGAGCUCUCACAGGCAGCCUACACUGGGCUCAACAGAGAGAGAAGAUCAAGGUACGCUGGGUCUUGCCUCUUCAGACGCAAGGACUUCCUCAGCAGGGUAGAUGUAUCAAACCCUAAUCUAUAUGAGAUUACAAAGUUCAUAUAUGCAAUGUGUACGGUCAGCUUGCCUGAUGGGUUCAUGGUGAAGUCAUUGUCAAAGGCUGCAUGGAGCAAGCAGUCAAAUUGGAUAGGGUUUGUUGCUGUGGCCACCGAUGAGGGUAAGGAAGUGCUUGGGAGGCGGGAUGUGGUGGUGGCAUGGCGUGGGACAAUACGGAUGCUAGAAUGGAUGGAUGACCUUGAUAUUUCCUUGGCGCCUGCUUCAGAAAUAGUUCUUCCAGGCAGCGCUGACGACCCCCGUGUUCAUGGAGGGUGGUUGUCUGUCUACACGAGUACUGACCCAGGGUCUCAGUACAACAAACAGAGUGCACGCUAUCAGGUGUUGAACGAGAUCAAAAGGUUACAGGAGGUGUACAAGCAAGAGGAGACCAGCAUCACCAUUACAGGCCACAGCCUUGGGGCUGCUCUUGCCACCAUCAGUGCCACUGACAUCGUCUCCAAUGGCUAUAACAAGAGCUGCCCGGUCUCGGCCUUCGUGUUCGGUAGCCCUAGAGUGGGCAACUCCGACUUCCAGAAAGCAUUUGACGGUGCAGAAGACUUAAGGCUGCUCCGUGUUCGGAACUCCCCUGAUGUGGUCCCAAACUGGCCAAAGCUAGGAUACAGCGAUUGCGGCACAGAGCUCAUGAUCGACACAGGGGAAUCACCCUACAUCAAAACCCCUGGGAACCCGUUAACAUGGCAUGACAUGGAGUGCUACAUGCAUGGUGUUGCUGGGACACAGGGGAGCAAUGGAGGGUUUGAGUUGGAGGUUGAUCGAGACAUCGCAUUGGUAAAUAAACAUGAAGAUGCACUGAAGCACGAGUAUUCAAUUCCAUCAUCUUGGUGGGUGGUAGAGAACAAAGGUAUGGUGAAAGGCAAGGAUGGCCGGUGGCAUCUGGCCGACCAUGAGGAUGAUGACUGAUUUAGCCAGCCAGUUGGUCUUUUUACCUGACGCAAUCAUCACUGUGACAACCGGGCAACAAGUUGCAACUAGAAGCUUUGACUUAAUACGCUAAUAAAGCAAGCUUUGCUUGCUUAAAACAGGGGAAAUGUUAAUCGUGUGCUGAUUGUUUAAGCGAAGAUAUGUAUCCUGUUCUGUUCGAAUUCAUAGUUUUCAAUGAUUUUAUUUUGAAUAACAAUUGUCUGAUGUAAUCAAGACUCAAAUUUGUUUAGCUGUGAC